AGAGAUCUCUCUCUAUUUGAUUAUUUCCCAACUUCAAUUUCUUUUUAAGGGAAACGAAGAAAAGGGAUUUGAAUCAUGGUGCUGUACGACUCCGCCACGCUAGGGGGGAGUUGCAGCGGCAGCUCAUCCUCCUCUUCCUCCUCCAAGCCGCCGCCCUUGCAGCAGCGGCAGCAGACGCAGCAAGAUAUUGAUGGUCUUCUCGCCGGAGCUGGAUACAGAGUUAGGUCAUCGGAGCUGCGAAAAGUAGCUCAGCGUCUUGAACGACUUGAAACCGCCAUGGUUAAUUCUCCCGCAGAUUUGUCUCAACUUGCUUCCGAUACCAUCCACUAUAACCCUUCCGAUUUGAUGAGACAAAUCUUAAAAUUAUGCCACGGUAGGAGGGAGGAACGUAUUUAG